AUGGAGAAAGUUGUAAAAUUUGGUAAAACCAUUCGAAAUAAUUGGAAAAAGUCUGUUGUAGGUGUUAUAGCCUUAUAUUAUGGUGCGGCGACAGUUAAGGAAAAAUACGAAAUCAAUCUAUUAAUGCGUGCAGCUUGUAGAGAAGCUGCAAAAUAUGGUGAUUCAAUGAUACCUAUAGAUCGGAACCCCACUCUUGUUACUGUAAUACUUAACCCUGUUGCGAACAAAAGGAAGGCAAAACAAGAUUUUGAGAACUAUUGCGAGCCUCUCUUACAUUUAGCUGGGUUACAAGUUGAUGUUAUACAGACAGCUACGGAAGGCAAUGCCAAAGAGAUUGUGGAGACGUUAAAGGGGACAGAGGCUAUAAUCGUAGCUGGUGGUGAUGGAACAUUAUCAGAAACUGUUACUGGAUUGUUACGAAGAAAUGAUGAAGCAAACAGAUUCCCACUAGGAGUCCUGCCUCUCGGACGUACAAACUCAAUUGGGAAUAUAUUAUUUCCUAACAGCGGUGACGGCGGUAAUGUGGAGAAAGUCAAACAACUGAUCGAAGCUUCCAUGGCAAUUAUUAAUGGCAACACAGUAUGGAAAGAUGCUAUCAAAAUAGAACCAAUCGCCGAAGAUACAGAAGUACCCCCCAAACCAAUUUACGCAAUGUCUUCUGUCGAGUGGGGAGCUUUCAAAGACGUCUUCGCAAAGAAAGAUAAAUACUGGAUAUAUGGAUCUUUAAGAGACUACGCGUCAUUCGUUUUUAAUGGUUAUAAGGAAUCUCUAUGCUGGAAUUGUAGCGGCACCAUCAAAUAUACUCCUCCUUGCGCUGGAUGCAGGAACUGCCUAAGAAAAAGACCAGAAGUUAAGAGGAAAUGGUUCUUCUUGAUGCCAAGCGUCUCUUCUCAGACUAAAACGUCAGAUCCAACUGAUUUGGUCAACGUAAACUGCUCAAAAACAGAAGAGUUAUGCUUUAAGACCUGCGAUUUCAGGAUAUUAUCACCUAAUAUAAACAAUACAGACCAAGUCCCGGCUUUAAGUAUAGCUAUAGGUAAAAACGGGUAUUCAUACAAAGACUUUGUAACAGAAGGCUGGAAUCGUGUGAAAAAUGCCGAAGUUUCACAGCCUAUUUUAGCUCGGACGAUAGAGCUUCUGCCCAAUGGCAUAGAACAAGAUGCGACAAUUGAAAUUGACAAGGAGGAGUUUGAAGUGAAGCCUGUAAAAAUAACGUUAUUGCCAAAAGUUGUUAAAUUAUUCUGUAAACCUGCAGUAAAUACUGGAUAA